GUGAAAACAAACUCGUUGCCUUGGUAACAAAUAGAGCUUCCACCAAUCGACCUGUCGUCAGUCGCGAUUUCUCCAGUUGGUAACGAAGCGGUUGGAUAAAACCAGUAAAACAAACAUGCUUGUUCGAAAACCAAAGAAGAAUCGUGUGAGUGUGGGUGCUGUGAUGGCACGUCUCUCUGGUUCGAGCCGUUUCAAACUGAACACAACGUUACAAGAUACCGCAGAAACUUUUACCGUCCUCAAAUGUUCCCAGAAUAUGAAGUUGAGCGAGCUGAAAUGUGCCUUGGAAAUGGUGGCAGGGAUUCCGAUGGACCUUCAGCGACUCAGCUAUCUGGACCAAGGAGAUUUAAUAGACCAGACAACCAUUGACCAGAAUGACAUUAUUCCUGGCACCACUGUCAACAUGGCAAUUUGGCCUUAUAACAGGUGGCGAGAAGUUGUGCAAGCUGCUGUAUCAGGAGAUGUCUUGAAGCUGAAGAGUUUGUUGUGCAGGCGGACUGUAGUGAAUGGGCGUGGAGAUGAGGGGAGUUACUGGCGGUCUCGCCACCUGUCCACCGCCCUCUACAUCUGUGCCCACCGUGGGCACCUGCCAGCACUACGCUUCCUCUUGCAUAGCGGAGCUGACCCUAAGUUCCAGACCCCGGGGGGUAGAGGUGUCCUCCACGUUGCAGCCGCUCAGGGCCAGGUAUCGUGCCUUACAGAGCUGAUCCGCGCUGGGGCCCCUAAAGACCUGAAGGACCGAGCUGGGGUCACGGCACUGGAGGUGGCGCGUACCAGGGGCCAGCCGGGGGUCGUGCACCAGCUCAUGCUCGGUAAGUGGGAGGACCGGGCGCAGGGGCUGCAUCUGUCGUCCUACCUUGACCCCGCCGAGUUGUUCGCCCACCAGAAGUUCGACUCGCAGCUGCGCACGUGGUACUGCGGGAGCCACGCCCAGAGGUACAACGCCGAGCUUGGAGGCCGGCAGGCACGCAGCAGGCCAAAGAGCGCCUUCGACACGAGGCGCAGUACCUCUCCUCACCACACAGUGUCGCCACCCACACAUGACACCAGCACGGCACCACAAGCAGCGGCAACUACCAGCAACAGAGGGGGGAGAGCCAGGAGAAAAGCAUGGGGAGAUGAGUGAUUAGGACCUGUGAGGAGAACAGGUACAGUCUGUAAAAAGGAUAAUCUUCCUGAGACUAAAAAAGUCUCAUCGUGUAGUGUAGGGACAUUUUAUCCUGCAGUGAUGUUUCACACCAGUGCAAAAAUCUGCCCUAUACUACUGAAACUCAGUACUACAGCAUGCAUGUUAUCAGAACAGGUGAGAUAUAUAUUACAAGCAUAACAAGAGACUUAGCCAACAUACUCACUGCAGAAGAAAGCGAGACAUGAUGUUCAUGAAGCUAAUGUUGUAACCCACCAGGAAACAGAAUAAUGGUGUUAUAAUCAGUUGAUAUCAUGUGCCAUUUGCAAAGAUUCAAAUUGAGUCCCUAUAUUUUGUAGUAAUGUGUAGGUUUAAUAGAUUAGGCAGCUGCACAAAAAAUUAUUUUCAUUUAGAUUUAUUGAUCAGAUUGGAUUCAGUGUCAGAUUUAGGCUUGAUUUGUGUAAUUAUGUGAAGGAGACAUUUCAUAUAUCUGGUAUAAAGAUAUAAUACUGCAGUUUGAAUUGUGAUGCUUUUUAUUAUUUUGUAAUGUAUGAGUUUCAUCUUACUACAUACUACUGCCAGGUUAUAUGCUCCUGAGAAUCAAACACAGGCCAACACCAUGUUCUACCACACAAGCUACACAAGCUGAUUUACUGAUGGGUUGACAAAGUGGGGGCACCAAAUACCAUUUAAACUGACGAUAAGAGAUUACCAUGUAUAAAUGAGCAUAA